UACCUAUGGGAGUCAACAAACUGCAGUGUGUAUUCCUUCCACGGCCGACAAAAACCAGUCCGGCUGAUGUGAAAUGAUGACUUAGCUCACAGCGUUACAGGUGACUGGAGACAGCUGGGAGAGUGUGAGAGCCGGAGGGGCGCAGCAGACCGACCUCAACGCAGCCAGCGCGCUGAUGGAACCGGCACCGUGAGCUGUAGGUGAAUCCCCCCUCAAAAAAACCUGUGAGCUCUGCCCGGGACCAGCACGUCACCUGAAUGACGGGAUAUGAGACAAUGAAGCAACUUGGGACCGCGGGGAUAAAACGAGUCCAAGUCACGAGAGUGGAAAAGCGCGUGCGAUGACGGACAGCGCAAGGGACAGAGAAGAGUGUAUGAGCAUCUGAGGCGUUCAGCCGGAGUCUAAAUAAGGUGGGCUGAAGAUGUGAAGUGCCAAAUAAACUUCUCGGCGAAUAGCAGGACUUCUGGGAGGAGCCUGGCAGCCAGGAGACUGAGGUACCAUCUCAGCAUCGCUCUUGAGCCAGCGAGGGAGUUGUGCUCAUGUCAUACAGGGAAAGAUGCUCAAAGUGAUGAAGGAUCGAAGUGAUGACAUUUUGAAGAAUUUCUUCCAGAAAUGGAUUCAAGUAAAGAUGGGCCAACCUGAACUUAUUGUUUGAGCUGCAGACGAGAGUUUUUUUUUCUCUGACUGACUGUGCUUCAUGAAUCAACCUGCCUGACUGCUCCUCUGCGCUGCCAACAUGCCAGUUCUGGACCGAGAGCCCUCCAAAGACUCAGGAGAUGGUCUGCCGAAGCUGCCGCUCCCCUCCCUUAAAGACACACUGGAGAUGUACCUGAGAUGCAUGAAGCACCUGCUCACAGAGGAGCAGUUUGACAAGACCCAAAAUGUAGUGAAGCAGUUUGGAGCCCCUGGAGGGGUGGGGGAGCUACUACAGAGCAAACUCAUGGAGAGGAGGGAGAACAAGGCAAACUGGGUGUACAACUACUGGCUGAAUGACAUGUACCUGAACAACCGACUGGCUCUGCCCGUCAACUCCAGUCCUGCGAUGGUCUUCCCAAAGCAGAACUUCAGGGCUCCUAUCGACUCCUUGAGGUUUGCUGCUCACUUAAUUUCUGGAGUUUUGGAGUACAAGACUCUACUUGAUGCCCGUGCCCUGCCGGUGGACUAUGCCCGAGGCCAGUUGGCUGGAACCCCCCUGUGCAUGGAGCAGUACUAUCGCCUCUUCACUUCCUAUCGACUACCAGGGCCCGAGAGUGACACGCUAGUGGCCCAGGAGAGCAGCGUGAUGCCAGAACCUGAACACAUCAUUGUGGCAUGUAAAAACCAGUUCUUUGUGAUGGACGUGGUGAUCAACUUCCGGCGUCUGAAUGAAAGAGACCUGCUGACUCAGCUGGAGAAAAUCGUCAAGAUGGCCGAGAGCGAAGAAGAACGGCUCCCACCUAUAGGCCUCCUUACGUCAGAUGGACGGACAGAGUGGGCAGAGUCUCGUAGUGUGCUAAUGAGAGAGUCGACCAACAGAGACUCCCUGGACAUGAUUGAGCGUUGUCUCUGUCUGGUCUGUCUGGAUGAUUCCAGCGGUCCUGAGCUCAGCGACACCACACGUGCCAUGCUGAUGCUGCACGGAGGCGGAGUGGCCAAGAAUGGUGGCAACCGCUGGUACGACAAACCAAUGCAGUUUGUCAUAGGAGCUGAUGGCUGCUGUGGAGUGGUGUGUGAACACUCGCCAUUCGAGGGAAUUGUCCUUGUGCAGUGCACUGAGUAUCUCCUAAAAUAUAUGAUUGGGAGCCCAUCAAAGCUGGUCAGGGCUGCAAGUGUGAGUGAGCUGCCUGCACCACGCAGACUCCGCUGGAAAUGUACUCCAGAGGUUCACAAACUCCUCACGUCAUCUGCUGAUAAACUCCGGAGGCUGGUGAGAAAUCUGGACAUGAACGUCCACAAGUUCUACGAUUAUGGGAAAGAGUUCAUCAAGAAGCAGAAAAUGAGCCCAGAUGCCUACAUCCAGGUUGCUCUUCAACUGGCCUUCUACCGGUGUCAUGGCAGACUGGUGUCGACAUAUGAGAGUGCUUCUAUACGUCGCUUUCAGGAAGGCAGAGUUGACAACAUUCGCUCAGCCACACCCGAAGCUCUGGCCUUUGUCAAAGCAAUGACUGAUGGGAAACUCAGCACCGGUGACACAGAGAAGAUGGAGAUGUUACGAGGUGCCAUAAAUGCGCAGACGAAGUAUACUAUUCUGGCUAUUACAGGGAUGGCUAUAGACAAUCACCUGCUUGGACUGCGUGAAAUCGCACAUGAAAUGAAGAUAGACAAGCCGGAAAUAUUUAAAGACGAAGCCUAUCUCAUCAGCAAUCAGUUCAUUCUCUCUACAAGUCAGGUUCCGACUACUGUUGAGAUGUUCUGCUGCUACGGACCUGUGGUUCCAAACGGAUACGGCGCCUGCUACAACCCUCAGUCAGACCACAUUAUCUUCUCCGUGUCCAGCUUUCGCGAGAGCCCACAGACGUGUUCAGCAGAAUUUGUAAAGUGCUUGGUGCAGGGACUCCUGGACAUGAGAGAUCUGUGCCGUAAAUGCAACUCCGGCUCCAAACCAGACGAGCAGGGAAAGGCUCAGACACUGGAUACGCACACACAAACGGAGACAGACUGGCAGAACAAAACACCUCAGAGACGAUCUGACUCGACCAACAGUCAGCCAACAAUCCCGCAGGUUCUGGUGAAGACGCCAGACCAGGCUAAUGCGGAGGUCCAAACCCAGACUUCAUCACAGGGAGAGGCACUGAAGAAUGGGAGUAAAUCAUAAGAAGCUGAUAGUGACUGUGUGAUACUAAAUGUGUUUUUGUGCUGCAAUAAUGUAUUCCUCGAGUCAUUCAUAAAAUAUACAGUGUAACUGUGAUACAAAAUGUCAUGUAAAGGACUAUUGUUGUGUACUGUACUGAUGAUAAUCUAAUCAGUUUAUUUUUGGAAAAUAUAUAAUGGUGUGCAGUUACUACAGAGGAUGUUUUUCAGCUGUUCUCACAAAAAAUAUCUAAAAUACAGCAGGAAUUAAAAUGUCUGUCACAGUGGCGGUCGUAUGUAGAGAAGAUUUGUGCUUUUGAUCAUUUUGCACAGAACUAAGCUCAAUAAGUCAAAGGAAAGAGUAAAUUUAUUGCUAAGCAGCCAUAGCUACAAUUGAGGUUGGUAGAAAAUGUUUAAAUGGGAAAAAAAUACACGCAAACACUUAAUACUGUUUCUCAUUUUCACGUUUGCAUCAUUUUUUAAAGCCUGUCAAUCGGUUUGAUGGAGCAAAAGCAGUCUGUGAGUCAUGACAAAUGCUUCGCUGUGUCCACCUGCAAGCCGCAUGCUGCUAUCUAAUGAUUUUAUGAAGACUGUGAUGCCGCAGUCUUCUAUGCAAUUUGUGUUGUCUAGUCUGUGUACCGUACCGACAAUACAUGUGGUGUUGCUAAACCAUCUGCUCAGAAAAGUAUCCUUUUCUAAAAUCCCUCUUCAGUCUGUUCAUAUCGUCCUGUAGUCCACAUACUGGGACUCGCACUGUGCUUUUGUGUACAUAGUGAACAAAAUGUAAGUGGUGCAAGACUUUAAAAGGAUAUAACUAGUUAAAGAAUGUUAAUUUGAGUAAAAAAAAAACUGUGUAUUUGUAAAUUUAUGAGCAGAAUAUAUCAAGUUAUUUAUUUUUGUAUGAUAUAGCAUAAUGUUACAGGAUGUAAUUGUAAGUUUGAGACUUACUAACCAGAGGUGAUCACUGUGUUUAUGACUGUCAAAGUGUUGUAUUUGUAAGAUACUGUUGACUAUUAAAGGAUACAAAUCUAAAUCACA